GAAUAAUAGAAAUGGGAAAUUUCUAUUAUUCGAAGUGAUACAACAUGAAUGCCCCAAAAACAAAUUUUUGUUGUAUGUAUAUGAUUGUAGAAAAUAUUUGUUUAAUUUUUGUCUAAUUAUUAGAGGUUUAUAGAGCUGUUCAGCCGUGAUGUCAAUUUUAGGUGAACCCGGAAGUCUAAUUCACCAUGGGUUCCCUCGGGAUUUUCCUAUGUGUUUUUAUAAUGUUUUUAUUUUUUAUUUUAUUUUUGCAUGAGUAAAAUAAGGUCUGUGGUAAACAUUACUUGAUAAAUUACACGCUUUCUUACCUCAAAUGUCAAUUUUGAAGCCGCUGUUAUAUAAAUAUAUAUAUAAUGUAAUUCAAUAUGGCUUCAAAAUUCACAGUUGAGUUAUGAAAGUGUGUAAUUUAUGUUGUAGAACAACACGUCCACUUAUUGUCAAGUAAUGUUUACCACAGACCUUAUUUUCAUUUACUCUAAAAAAGGAAUUAAUUACUAACUACUAAUUACAUCUUCUACAGUGUAAUUAGAUAUCUGUACUAAUUACUAUGUCUGAAAAGUAAUUGCAUUACUUAUUACUAAUUACUUUCUAAAACCCUGAUCAGCCUCGACCAGAUGAAAAAUACAAGGAUAGACAUGAAACUGUUCUUUUAAUUCUUUCAAAUAAAUCAUAUAAAAUCAAAUAAAUGAGUCCUGAACUGGCCAAAGAAUUUAAGGGGGCUGCAUUAAAUUAGAAAAUAUAUAUUUUAACAUUAGACAUUAAAUUUCGAUUUUAAAUUCACUAUUAUUUUAUAUAGAAUUGUUCUAGAGUCUAUACAAUAUUUAACACAAUGACAUCAGAAGUAACUGUAAUUAAAUUAAUGAAAAUUACUUUAAUUUAAAAAAAGUAAUUUAAUUACAGUAAUUAAUUACUUAGUAAUGCAUUACACCCAUCACUGCUUAUUUUACACUUAAGUUAAAAAAAAUAAAAAUAAAAACCCAUAGGAAAAUCCCGAGGAAACCCACUGCGAAUUCUCUUCUUCAGUGAUAUCAAAGCAGGCCAGUAGAUGGCGUAAUGUACACUCAGACUGCCACAUGAAUCUGCCGCAGAAGAAGAUGCACGUAACCCUCCAUUUUCUCUCCUAGUGCCCUUUGCUCGUGCACUAGCGCCAUGAGUAGCGCACUUGAUGAUUCGAAGACAUCUGAAGCAAGUAUGGACCACGAACUCUACACUGUACAGAGUCCCUCUGGGGACACGAAGGAUGGCCCAGAUCAUUCAGAAUUCAUUUAUAAAAUGUCAAAUGAAGAAUUUGUUCGAUUUGUGAAGUUGCGUGUGACCAACGACGCACUUUUCACUGGAAAGAGAAAUUCUUCAACUCUGGCUUAUAGGGCCAUCUUGAAAGAGUUGGGUCUGCAGAGAGAGAUUUCUGCCAGCCAGGCAAGAAGGAAAUGGGAAAACCUUAAGAUGAAAUAUAAGGAUCUUAAGAAUCCCCCACCUGGCAUCUCAGUGAACCCCACUAACUGGCCAUGGUUCUCCCUCAUGGAUGACGCCAUGGAGGGUAGACUUGCAGGAAGUGAUAUCACUGUGGAUACUUCCUCUGUGGGCGAUGACAGUGAGUAUCGCCCGAACAACAGCAACCGCAGCCGAAGGAGCAAGAGAGCACGUGAGCCAGACAGAAACGAGAUUGAGCUGUUCGUGGAAGAGGACGACAUGAUGUCAGAAGAGAUGGGGCGAGACAAGACAGAGCUGGACAGAGACAGGGAUGAGAUGGAGCACGAGAGGGCCAUCCUGGAGAGUGACAAAGCUGCUAUCGAAUACGAAAGGAUGGUCCUGGAGAGAGAGAAGAUGGUUCUGGAUAGAGAGAGAGCAGGAGUGGAGAGAGAACUCGCAGCAUUGGACCGAGACAGGGCCUCUUUGGAGAGAGAGAAGGCUGCUGUGGAGAGAGACAGGGCUUCUGUGGAGUACAUCCGAGCUCAGCUGGAAAAGGAAAGAGCAACUCUAGACAGAGAAAGGGCAAAGCUUGAGAGAGAGCGUGCCAUCCUUGAGCAUCAGCGUGGGACAGAGAAAGGGGAGCAGACGGCUAUUUUGAACGACAGUGCAGAGGGAACUGACAACUCUAUUCCCUUUGUUAUGGAACCAGCUAACCUAGAGAGGAGGCAGAAAUUCCUCAACCUGUUCGAAAAGCUCAUUGAGAACUUCUAAAACAGAAACUGCUCUUUUGAGCCAGACCUGUUAUGUAUUAUACGUAAUUAUUUUUGUACACUUUUUGUUUGAGGUAAAAACUUUUCUGUUGCCAGAAGUGGAUUGUGCUGUUCUACAGUGAUUGACUCUUGAUUUAGUUACUGUAUGUUAGUAUCUAUGUUUGUUUAAGAGACGCAAGAUGUUAAAGACAAACAUUUUAAAAGCUUUCAGAGUUGGUUUCAUGCCUUUGAAGAUUUACUAACAAUGAAAACGUUAAGCCGCCUCUGUUUUGGAGAGGUCAUCAGAAAACUUUAUUCAAGUGUGAUAUUUCCAUACAAAACACACAAUGCUGAGCUAAUAUUACCCCCCGUCCCCCCAAUAAUUCUCAAACUGUCUCAACAGUUUUGAAGUGUUCAUUUGAAGGCCGUUGAGCAUGUUCAUAACAACAGCUUGAAAUGUUAUAUACCAACAUAUUGCAGUUCUUGUAAAAAAAAAAAAGAAAAACAUCAACUUAUAUAUUUUAUAUUACAGUACAGACUUUACAACAAAUUAAUUGUUAGAAUGCUUCCUUUAUUGCAUUAGUCAAAUUUACCUUUCAAGAUCUUCAUUGAGCACCAGCUUCAAUUAGUUUAUGCUGAUUUGAUAAACAUUAGUUAAAUUCUAUCUGAAUAUUAACAGUAUUUCAUUAUUUUUACAAAACAAACAUAUUUAAACAAGCCCCAAACAGGCAACCGGUACGGCACACAAAAAGAUGUUUUUUUGUCUUUUUCAAUAAAACUGAAAGUUUUGCAUUUGUACAUUAAUGACAUCCUGCUUUCCUGAUAGGUUCUUUAGUAUUUGAUAAAUAAAAAGACUUUUCCAGA